AUGACUUCCGAACAAAAAUAUCCCGGUUACGAUGAACUUACGUCUUAUUUGAUGCGAAGCAGAGGCAAAUCUUUCUACUAUUUUUUGCGUCAUUAUCGAGACGCGAUUGUUUCCGCUACUUCGGCUACUUUCCUCUGGCGUGACCUUGACAAAACCUGGUGCGAUCGCUUUUUAGCAGAAGCAAGAAAGUUAGGCGAAGAUUUAAAAGAAAAGGUCAAUCAAGAACGAAAACGUUAUAAUUUCGAGUAUUAUUGGAAUAAUGUAAUUGAAGAGGUUAAAAUAAAAGAAGAUAUCUUGGUCCGUGAAGCAGAAGAGGCUCGCAUUCAGGAUGAACUAUCGCGUCUUCGGCACAAACUAUCCGAAAUCCAAGAAAAUGCAAAAAUGCAAAAUAAUGAAG